AUGGCCCCUCUCGAUGAUGUCCAGGUCGGUGACCUGGUCAACGUGCCCGGUGGCAUGUACGGAACAGUCAAAUUCUUGGGAUCGGUCGCGGGAAAGCCAGGUCGCUUCGCGGGCAUCGAACUGAGCUCCGAGCAUGCCGCUCGAGGAAAGAAUAACGGCGAUGUGGAUGGAAGGAAAUACUUUAAUACCUCUAUGGCAGGCUCGGGUAUCUUCGUGCCCAUGAACAACAGCAAGUAUGUCACACGUCGAUCUACAUCUUUAUCUGCCAGCAGCUAUGGCGGGCCUCCCACCACUCCUUCGCGGGGUCCGGCCAAUUUUAGCAAGUCAGUUGGUCCUGCCUUGACUACUCCUCGUCCAAGAAUGCGCCGUCCGUCUCUUCCACGUCCCGAAUCACCGCGUAUCGCCCCUCCCAAACUCAGCCUCGGCGGUCUGCGGACACCAUCCACCGCCUCCAAGUCAUCUAUCUCCAAUGGAUAUCCAAGAAGCCCCGUCAAGGCACCUUCUAGGUUGUCGGACCGACCUUCGUCGCGGAUUAGCAUGGAUGAUGACGCCUCGUCAUAUGGCAGACCCUCCGAUAUCUACCGACCUUCAUCAUCCGAGAUUCAAGACCUGAAGGACCAAAUUAAAAGCUUAGAAAAGCAGUUGCUGGACCGAGACAAGCAGCUGAACGAGCAAUCUAAUAUGUUGGGUGAGGUUCAGAAAACUUUGGAGGAAAUGGAGGGAAUUGAUGCCCUUUCCGUCCGCACUCAACUACGUGAAAGGAAUGAACGGAUCAAUCAAUUGACUGCUGAAUUCGAUGGCCACCGGGCAGAUUUCCGAAGCACCCUCGAUACUCUGGAGAUUGCUGCAUCCGAGACCGAGCGCGUUUACGAGCAGCGUCUCGACGAGCUCAUGCAACAGAAUAAGGAGUUGCAAGACCGUGGCGAGGAUGUGGAGAUCGUUGCGCAGCAGCUUAAGCAGUUGGAGGAGCUGGUCUCGGAGCUAGAGGAGGGACUCGAGGAUGCCAGGCGAGGAGAAGCUGAAGCCAGGGCCGAGGUUGAGUUCCUUCGGGGUGAAGUUGAGAGAACCAAGAUUGAACUAAAGAGGGAGCGUGACAAUUCGGCCACAGCGCUGAAGGACGCUCACUCUUCAUCCGACGGUAACAACAACUCGCACCAACUGGAGCAGAAGGACGACGAGAUUCGGGGUCUGAAAGCCAUCAUUCAUUCUCUGAGUCACGGAAACCCCAAUGCCAUCAACCCGAAUGAGAACGGGUUGAAUAACCAAAAUGAGCACCAAGAGCAAGUUGCUCAGCUGGAACAACGCCUGCAGGAGGUCGAGGAGAUCGCCGAGCAUAAGAACAGCCGAAUCGAGGAACUCGAGGGGCAGCUAGAAGAGCUUCGAUUGAGCUCUACUAAUGGAAAUCGCAACCGUAGCUCAACUGGUACUCUCUCGCCGCCCUCGCUGCACAGGCCUUCCAACCCGGGUAACAUCACUGCAAACGAUAUCAACCACGCACACCGUCUCUCUGAUCGUACCGUGGUCCCCAAUGACUGGCACGAUGCCCCAUCAGAGCCUCGUCAGUACCACCAGCGUGGGAUCUCUAACUCGUCCCAGCGCCGCCUGGAAUCUAUGCCCGAGUCGGAACGCUCUUCUGAUGAUGAUGCUUUAUGGUGUGAGAUCUGUGAGACUGGCGGUCACGACAUCCUCAACUGCACCAGCAUGUUUGGCCCCGGAGCUGCGAAGAAGGAGGCCCAGAAUGGGAAAGCCCCCGAGCCUUCUGCUGAGCAGCCCGCAGAGGCGCCGGAAGAUAAUCACGAGGACGCCAAGGAGAAUGACAACCACGACGAUCAUGAAGACGAUGCUCCAGCCCAGAAGACCGGCCGGGAUGUCGUCCUUGAAGGACUCAAAGGCAUUGGCGGUUUGGGAUCUUCCAUGUCCCCCAUCGCCGGUAAGUCAUCUGGAGUCAUCGACGAGUCGAAGUGGUGUGCUCUGUGUGAGCGAGAUGGUCACGAGAGCAUCGACUGUCCUUUUGAUGAAUAA